AGUAUUAGUUCUUUCCCUUUUGGUUUGCACUGCCUGUAAUGCUCAUCGCGUCCUCAGAGAGAGAGGCCAGCCUGCUAGAGAAAUCCAGGAAUCUGCAACAAAAACGAUGACAGUUUGAAAUACUCCCUGGUGCCAACCUCCAAAUUCUCAUCUGUCACUUCAGACCCUGACUAGUUGACAGAGCAGCAGAAUUUCAACUUCAGUAGACUUGAAUGUGCUUCUGGGCAAAGAAGCAGAGCUAACGAGGAAAGGGAUUUAGUUUCUCUUGGGUGUUUAUCAAACUUUUAUUUCCUGGCUGUGUGCAGAGAAGGGAUUCAACUUCAAUUUUCUACCGAAGCUCUGGGUCCAGCCACCUACCUGAAGGAGGGAAGGACGAGGACUCGUAAGUUUUGCUGAGGCUGCCAAGGAACCGGCAGCUACCUGAGGACCUCGCAGUCACAGAGGAGACUCCAGUUAGAAAACCUGAAGCAGUAAGAUUUCCAAGGAGUUGUUGGUGUAGCCAAUGUAAAGGUGGAAUCCUGUUUCUCCUUUCAGAGAUCCCUUCUGCCACUGGUCCCAGUUGGCCGGACCCAAUAGAAACCACUGGGCAAGAGGACCUGUUGACACUAUUCAUACAAGCCCUGGACAUCUCAGGGUAGAGAAGAGGAGGUGGAUGUGAAGUGGAUUUAAAGGAGCAAAUGGAAGAUAUCUAGAUAUCCAGGGGCGAAAUCUCUUUCCAGAGUGGGAGAGGAAGAAUUAACAGCUGUGGACCAACUAUGUAACAGCUGUGUCCUUUCCUUGCUGUCUAAAAAGUAUGAAGACUGUGCUGCUUUUCCUAUUCUUUUUGGGAACUGCAGCUGCAAUCCCGACAAAUGCAGGGUUCUUAUCUGAUUAUUCCAAACCAACUGCUGAAACAUUGGGAACAUCCGACAACACUGCAAUCCCCAUUUUAAGAGCUGAAGAUGCAGAAAAUGAAAAGGAAACUGUAGCAUCCAUAGAAGAUUAUCCCAACCAUAAGGCUGAAAAAUCUUCAAUACUAAAGUCAAAAGAGGAAAACCAUGAACAGUCACCAGAACAGGACAAGAGUUACAGCCAAGAGGUGGGAUUGAAAGAUCAGGAGGACAGCGAUGGUGACUUAAGUGUAAAUUUGGAGAAUACACCAACUGAAGGUACAUUGGACCUAAAAGAAGAGAUAAGUGAGCCUCAAAAGAAAAAACUCCCAGAGAACAUUGAUCUCCUUGCUUCUGAUGUUAGUUCCUUUGUGGAUUCUAACCAAGAAGAAAGUGUCACAAAGAGAGAGGAAAACCAAGAACAACCUAUAAACGAUUCACAUCAUCAGUUGAAUAAGAGCAGUAAACAUAGCCAAGACCUAAGGGGUCAAGUAAACCAAGAGCAGGAACCAAAUAUUCUCAAUAGAGAAAAAGAAGAAGAAGAUGAUCCAGGUGAAGUUGGUACCCACAAUGAUAGCCAAGAAAAGGAGAGAGAAUAUCCCAAGGAGCAUUCUAACAGCCAGCAGGAGGAAGACAUUACCCCAUCUGGUAUUUUGGAAGAGUUCAAUCAACCAACUCAAGUAAGCAAGAUGCGGGAUGACUUUGAGCAGGGUAACCAAGAACAAGAAGAGGAUAACUCCAAUGCAAAAAUGGAAGAGGAAAAUGCAUCAAGCAUCAAUAAGCACAUUCAAGAGACCAAAUGGCAGAGCCAAGAGGGAAAAACUGGCCCUGAAGUUAUCAGCAACCAUGAGGAAAUAGAUAAAAAAACUGUUUCUAAGGCUUUGCUCAGGGAACCUACCAAUGACAGUAACAUCAUGCCCAGAAAUCAUGGAGGUGCUGAUGAUGGGGGUGAUGAUGGCCCCAGGCACAGUGCAAGUGAUGACGACUUCGUGCCAAGCCAGGACUUUGUGGAAAGUGAAAGAGCUCAAUCGAAUUACUACCACAUCAAAAACGAUGAGCAAAGAGAAAGAGCUCAUGAAAAUGAAAGCGUUGAUACCAAUGAACCUGGAGAAUCCCAAGGGGCCAAGAAAGCAGAGAGCUCAUCCAAUGAACAUGAAACUUCAAGUGAAGGCAACAUGAGAGUGCACGGUAUUGAUUCUUGCAUGACCUUCCAGUGUAAAAAGGGGCUCACCUGUAAGGUAGACCUACAGGGAAAACCUCGCUGUGUUUGCCAAGAUCCAGUGACUUGUCCUCCAACAAAACUCCUUGAUCAAGUUUGUGGCACUGACAACCAGACCUAUGCUAGCUCUUGUCAUCUGUUUGCUACUAAGUGCAGACUGGAGGGGACCAAAAAGGGGCACCAACUGCAGCUGGAUUAUUUUGGAGCCUGCAAGUCUAUUCCUGCUUGUACGGACUUUGAAGUGACUCAGUUUCCUCUACGGAUGAGAGACUGGCUCAAGAAUAUCCUCGUGCAGCUUUAUGAACCUAACCCUGAACAUGCUGGAUACCUAAAUGAGAAGCAGAGAAAUAAAGUCAAGAAAAUUUACCUGGAUGAAAAGAGACUCUUGGCUGGGGACCACCCCAUUGACCUUCUCUUAAGGGACUUUAAGAAAAACUACCACAUGUAUGUGUAUCCUGUGCACUGGCAGUUUAGUGAACUUGACCAACAUCCUAUGGAUAGAGUCUUGACACAUUCUGAGCUUGCUCUUCUGCGAGCAUCUCUUGUACCCAUGGAACACUGCAUAACUCGCUUCUUUGAGGAGUGUGACCCCAACAAGGAUAAGCACAUCACCUUGAAGGAAUGGGGCCAUUGCUUUGGAAUUAAAGAAGAAGACAUAGAUGAAAAUCUCCUGUUUUGAAUUAAGAUUUGAAAGAACUCAAACUUUCCAGCAUUUUCCUCUGCUCGGACCACUUCUGAAAUAUAUGCAGCUGUGAAACUUGUAGAUUUAUAUUUAGCAAAAUGUUUGCAUGUAUGAGAAGACAAUGAGAGUAACUGCUUAAUAACAAUAUAUGCAUCAGCCACUUAAUGUAACUUUGGAAAGAAAACUUUAAAGUUAAAUAAAGUCAAUACAUGUAAAAUAUUGUACACUGUUUGCAAACAGAAGUUUAACUCAUAGUAAUUUCACUCUCUGCAUCAACUUAUGUGAUAAUUACUAAUUAUAAAACUUGAAAAGAUAGUAUGUUCAUAUAGUCCAUAAUAUCAUAUGUACUUUAAGAAAUGGAAUAUUGCUCUUUUGUGGUUAAUGUGUAUUAUUUUCAAUACCUUAAUAUCUUAAUAAAGAGUCCAUAAAAUCCAAA